UGGCUCGAAGGCCCGGGAGCGCCCCGCACGGCGCCCGCCCGGCCGUGCACCCGCUCCACACACGCACCCACCCCUCGUGUGGCGGACCGCCUCGCCCGUUCCGGUUGCGAAGGGCGCGCCGCGGCGCGCGCGCCAAUGGAGUACGCGGGCCGCGCCGAGAGCGGCUACGCCGGCUAUGCCGGCUUCGCCCGGCCGUACGGCAGCACUCCAGGCACCUACAACGACCCCGCGAAGCCGGGGUACCAGACGAAGCGCCGGCGCGCGGGGGCCUCGGCGUGGCGAUUAGCUUCUUCUUGCCGGUCGCCGUGUUCGCCGCAGUGGCUGCUUCGAUGUCCUUCUCCUUGCGGUACAGCGCUUCCACGGUCUCUUGGCUCAUCGUUGGGGUGUUGUUGCUGGCCUGCAUCGCUAUGUGCUACCAGGCGCAUGAAGCGGGCCAAAAGCCAGGUGGAACGGCGACGUCAACAGGGAGCCCUUCUGGUACAUUUUCCUCGCCAUCACGGUGCUCGCCGCUUGGGCGUUCGGGCUCUACCUGGGGAACCUGAACUACUGGAACAACACACUGCCAUAUGAGGACCUCCUCCAGCUCAGCAGCCAAGGCAGCGUGGACACCUCUGUCAUGACGGGGCGCCAGCUGAUGGACGUCGGCCAGGUGACGUUCGCCAACGGCACCCACCUGGACCUCACGAAGGCCAUCGGGUUCAAGAACCUGCACGAGUACUGCGUGGCCCCGAUCGUCACCGGCAGCGCCGCGCUGGAGUCGUACGACUACUGGGCCAUUGGGCUGGACUGCUGCUCGGGGCUUGCCACGGACUACCACUGCGGCGCCUUCGCCAGCAAGGACAAAAGUGGGGGCCUGAGACUGAUGCGCGAGGACCAGAGGUCUUUCUACAGAUUGGCCGUGCAGCAGGCAGAAGCCAAUUACAACAUCGAGGCGCGGCAUCCGCUGUUCUUCUACUACGUCGAGGACGCCGGGUCCGAGCUGAGCGCUUACCUGCAGGAGUCCUACAAGUACUUCCUGCUCGGCCUGCUGUCCUUCGGCAUGUGCCAGCUUAUGCUCAUCAUUCUGGGCAUAUUUGUAUUCAUGAAGCUCUAGAGCUGACAGGGAUUCGCAACAGCAGUAGUCGUUGCCACGUAUCUUCGUUCUCCUCGACCACCUCUACGUUUUAUUUAUCUACUUAAUCUUCCCCUCCAUGCUGUCCCGCAUGCGGGUUUUCUCGAAUUCUUGGCCGAAUCAUGCCGACGGCAGCGUGCCCGGCAGCUGUAGAUCGGAGGAGUAUAGAUACUUCUUCAGUCUGAAAACAUUGCCACCUCUCUUCUUGCCGUCCCCUCCCCCCUUUCUUCCCUCCCCGCGGCCGCUUUCGCCUUUCUCCCCCCCUCUUGCCGCAAUUCGCGUGUCCCGUUUCCCGGACCGCUGAGCGCGCGUGCGGAC